CUAUCACCAAAUCAGUCAGUAGUCUACAAUUGCAAUAAUAACAUCACGAACAAAGUAAUUAAUUUAAAUUAUUCAACAUGUCUGCGUCUCCCAAAGUGUGGUCAAAGUUCUCAGCGAAGAGGAAAGAUGGCAGUGUGCUAAAUUUACGUAUAAUGGAAAUGCCUAGAGUUCCUAGUGUACAAGAAAAAGUUUUAGACUUACUUAUGACAUAUUUCGUACCAGAGGAACAUACUAUGGUUGCAGCAGGAGUAGCAGACAGUGAAGAAGCGAUGCAAGAAAUGUCUGAAUUUCAAAAUCAUGCGUUGAAUAUGGAGUCCAUGCAUAUUGUGAUCUGCUGCUCCGACACCGAGGACGAUCAGAUCGGUGACAUUAUGGGAUGCUCAAUGAUGAUGUUUGUAAGAAAAGAAGACCCAACCCCAGAGUUUAAGUUUAGAACGAAGGAAAUGGAGAAAGUCAUGGAAAUAGUGAUGGAAGGCUUCGUGGCAAGUUACGAUGAAAUGAAAGUAUUCGAUUUAGACCUCGGCUUAAUCGCUAGAGGUAUCAGUGUGCACCCCAAAUACAGAGGACUUGGGAUUGCUCAGGAAUUCCUUAGGACCAGGCGGCUUAUAUGCAAAGAGUACGGUAUACCUAUCAACGGAGCCUGGAUGACAGCAAUUGGCACACAGAUAGCUGCAGAGCGUGAUGGCUGGGAGACUGUCUGCGAGCUCCAACACGCAGAUUUGGAGAAGAAGUUUAACGUGAAAUACGCUGAAGAACCUCCUUCCACUAAAUUCAUGAUCGCUAGAAUACAACUUUUAUUAGACAUGUCAGUGGUUCUCAAAGAAUGGUCUAAGUUCUCAGUGACCAGGAAAGAUGGCAGUGUUCUCAAAUUACGCACAGUGCAAAUACAUUUGGAUUCAAGUGUAAUGGAUAAUGUACUACAAUGUUACCUUCAUUAUUUUAUGGUCGAGGAGACCAAUUAUAUUGCAGCAAGAAUACCAGAGAGCGAAGAAGCAAUGGAAGAAGUGGCAGAAUUCGUACGAAGCAGAAGUGUGCUAACUGACGGCGAACCACAUGUUGUAGUUUGUUGUUUUGAUAAUGGAGACGAUGAGAACAUUGAAGUUUUAGGGGCGUCAAUAAUGGCAUUAGUAAGAAAAGAUAAUCCACCGCCACAGCUAGAAUUGAAAUCGAAAGAAAGUCUGAAGCUCAUGGAGAUAAUGGGAAGUUUAAUGGAAAUUUACGAUGAAAUGAAAGUAUUCAACUUAGACCCCUGCUUCAGUGAUAGGGGGCUGGUUGUAUGCCCUGAGUACAGGGGCCUUGGGAUUGCACAGGAACUUCUUAAAGUCAGACGUCUAAUGUGUAAGGAGUACGGUAUACCUAUCAACGGAGCCUGGAUGACGUCAUACGGCACACAGAAGGCUGCGGAGCGUGAUGGCUGGGAGACUGUCUGCGAGCUCCAGUAUGAGGACUUGGAGAAGAAGUUCAACGUCACAUACCCAAGAAACCCACCAACCACUAAAUUUAUGAUUGCAAGAAUACCUCUUUAAAUAAAUAGUUUAUUU